UUCAUUGGUGUCAGGUGACUACUACCGGAAGUUGAGGCGGAUUAGCCUGUCCUAAAAAAAAAAGCUUCUUAGGUUCUGAAAACGGAAAGUCUUGUUUGUGCUUAAAGAAAUAAACGAUUACGUUUGGAACGAGGAAAUCUUAACACCUCAGUUGUUUUAGCUGCAAAUAAGUCAGUUAAUCAUGCCAUCGCUUUUAUUUUGCGGACCUAAACUUGCCGCAUGUGGUAUUGUGAUAAGUAUUUGGGGAGUCAUUAUGCUGGCAAUGCUGGGGAUUUUCUUCAGUGCCCACUCUGCUGUGUUGAUUGAGGACGUACCCUUCACAGAGGAUGACAUGCACAAUGACAAGAACCCACCUCAGACAAUCUAUGGACUAUAUAACCAGGUUGGCUUCAACUGCUUCAUAGCGGCAGGCAUUUACGUUGUAAUAGGAGGCAUAUCUCUCUGCCAGGUCCGACUCAACAAGCGUAAUGAAUACAUGGUGCACUAGACCCCCUACUGGACAGAAAUCAAAACUGCACCACCGCAGCCUGGAAAGCUGAAGUUCAAGCAUUUUGUGGUCUGUGUUCUGGAUCACUUAGGUUAGUGGGCCAGAGCACAGGUUUCAGCUCCACCACAAAACUACUUUUUUUUUUUUUUUUCUUCUCUUUUUACUGUAACAAUUCUUCCAAAGGGCAGCAAGUACUACUGUUGUGAUCUUUCAGAAUACAAAUGCAUUUUUACAAUGGUGUAGUAGUCUUCUGGUUUUAAUCUUGAAUUGUAUUAAUGCUGCAUACCUUUUUACUGGACUAUCAUACACAUGGGCCAGUUACUAUUCAAUCCGAUAUAAAGUAAUGUGAAAUACUCCCCAGAUUAUUUAAAAUCCUGCACCCAUGAGGGGAAGAAGCAAGGUGAUCAUUCUGAUUUGAAAAUAUUGUAUAGACUUGGUGAAAAUGUAAUUCCCAGCUUCUUUGUGUUACUUUGUGGUUUUUACAUGACUGGAUGGACUUCAUAUAAAGAAAUGACGAGGUUAAAAUGCAUGCAUAGUUAAUUUGUGUUUCUGUGAGAUGUUUCAUUUUAACCAUGUUUUAUCCUGUCAACCUGGAGGGAUUUGUUUUGGAAGAUGUGAUAUGUGCAUACAUUUUUCUGUUUGUUUUACAAGAAUUGUCUCAUGUACAUACUCAAAAAGUUAAGUGUUAAUGUGGAAUACUGUAUUUUGGUUUUCAUAUUCUUUGCUGUAAAUGAAGAAUGACAGUGAGACAAGAACACAUGCACUGAAACUUUAUAUUUCGGAGGGAGUGUUUCAUGAAAACACUCCCUCCCUUCAAAUACUUUACAUAAAUGGGAUCAGCAUAAUUAUUUAAAUAAUGUGUUAUACAAUUGGAUGUAUUGACAGUACUGCUCCCUGCUAUCACUGAGUAAGUUGUGAAGGUGAAUUAAGUUAAAUUAUUGUACUCAAAUACACUGUAUAUUAUAAUAGUCUGUCACUGCCUUUCAACAAUCCCAUUAAAUGUCAAGAACCCCCAUGAAUAAAUAAGAAUGUCAUUUCCAUUUCACCAAAAAAAUUAGUCUUGUGCUGCCUUAGCCUAGAGGAUUAAUUUGUCAGGAGAUCUUAAGCAUGGUUCUCUAUUUGACAUUAAUCAUUAAAAAUCCAGCAACUGGAAUUGGAACAAA